CUUCUCAUUUUGUUUAAAAAUAAUCCAAACUUCCCUUUCCAAACUCUCUUGUCAAAUGUUAGUUGUGUAACCAAAUGGUGAGGCUUCCCUCCAAAUUCAAACCUCCAAAACCCAAAACCCUAAUCUCUCUUCUUACAUCUCAAACUCAAAAAUCACUUCACCACACAUUCUCUCCAUCUCUUUUGCAAACCCAUAAACUCUUCAAUCAUUUCACCCAAAUCCUCUCUCAUGCCAUUACUUCAGGCUACUUCACAAAUCCAUUCAUUUCCAGCCAACUCCUCCAACAUUGUCUAACAAAUUCUGAUUUCACUCUCACUUUUUCUCACACCCUUUUCACUCAAAUCCCUAACCACAAUGUCUUCUCUUGGAAUUUCCUCAUCCGUGCAUACUGCCACAGUUCAUUUCCCCAAGAAGCCGUUAGUCUUUACAAUCAAAUGAUGCGGGAAAGUUUGAGUCUUGAUAAUUUUACUUUCCCUUUUGUACUGAAAGCUUGUGGUAGAUUAGUUAGUUUUCAUAAGGGUCGAGAAGUUCAUUGUGUGAGUUUGAAAAUGGGGUUUGAAUUUGAUGUUUUUGUGCAAAAUUCUUUGAUUUAUAUGUAUUUUCAAUGUGGGGUUGUUGAGUUUGCACAGAAGGUGUUUGAUUUUAUUCCUGAUUCAGUUCGUGAUGUUGUUACUUGGAAUAGUAUGAUUUCUGGGUAUUUACAAGGUGGGUGUUGUUAUCAAGCAGUGAAGGUGUUUGGAAAAUUGUUGCGCGAAAGUGAUGUGAGGUUGAAUGAUGUAAGUAUUGUGAGUGCUCUUACAGCUUGUGCAAGAACUGAGUUGCUUGACGUGGGGAAGAGGAUUCACGGGUUGAUUGUGGUCUAUGGAGUUGUAAUGGAUGUCUUCUUAGGUUCUUCUUUGGUUGAUAUGUACACGAAAUGUGGGUGUUUAGAAGAUGCUAAAACUGUUUUUGACCAAUUGAUAGAUAAAAAUAUAGUUUGUUGGACUUCUAUGAUUGCAGGUUAUUUGAAAUGUGAUAUGUGUAAGGAAGCGAUAGAGUUAUUCAGGGAGAUGCUCAUAGCUGGGGUUAUGGCCGAACCUGCCACAAUUGCUUGUGUUGUUUCUGCAUGUGGACAUUCAGGUGCACUGGAUCUCGGAAGGUGGGUGCAUAAUUAUAGCGAAAGGAGUGGAAUAGAAAUGAACCUUAUAGUGAAGAAUUCUUUGAUUGAUAUGUACUCUAAAUGUGGACUUGUUGAUAAAGCUCUCGAAGUUUUUCAUUCGUUAACUAAUAAGGAUGUUUAUUCGUGGAGUAUGAUGAUUUCUGGGCUAGCUAUGAAUGCAAGGUCCAAAGAGGCUUUGCAGUUAUUUUCACUUAUGGAAGGAUCAAGUGAAGUAAGUCCAAAUGAAGUAACGUUUCUUGGAAUCUUAUCUGCCUGUAGUCAUGGUGGAUUUGUUGAUGAAGGGUUUUACUUUUUUGAGAAAAUGACAACGAGAUACAAAAUUUUCCCAGGGAUUGAGCACUACGGUUGCCUGGUUGAUCUUUUGGGUCGUGCAAAUCUUCUGGUUGAGGCUAUGGAUUUGAUAGGUUCCAUGUCCAUUCAGCGGGAUGCUGUCAUUUGGCGAUCUCUGCUUUUUGCUUGUAGCAGACACGGUAAUGUAGAGUUGGCCGAGGUUGCUGCCAAAAAGAUUAAUGAAUUGGAACCAGAGAAGUGUGGGGCACAUGUACUGUUGUCUAAUGCCUAUGCCUCUGCAUCUAGGUGGAAAGAUGUGAAGAUGGUAAGGAGGAAUAUGGGUGCUGAGGGAAUCCAAAAGCAACCUGGAUGCUCUUUUAUUGAAAUAGAUGGUUUUGUUCAUGAAUUUCUUGUUGCUGAUAGAGCGCACUGUCAGAUUGACAUCAUAUGUGAUACACUUCUGGCAAUGAAUGUCGUUCUAAAAUCAAGAGCACCUGAGCUUGUUUUCCUGGAUUUCUUUCAUUGAUAUGAGAACAUCCCCUUGUUGUGUGAUAUCACCCCCUCAUUUAAGUCCACCGACUCAUUUCUUCAGAUAGAAGGCUAAGGUCAAAGGUUGGACUUGCCUUCUGGGAACUGUGGAAAAUCCCAUGCAAAAUCUGACAAUGCAGAGUUUCUUACUGGUUGGGACUCGAGGUGCUCUUGUUAUGCUGGAAGUAUGAUGCAGGCCUACCUACAGCUACUUAGCUAUGCUCAAGGUGUUCCAUGUGUAAAAUCCCAUAUUAUGUCGAAGAUCAGCAACGGAUGGAACUAUUAAGUAAUGCCAUCCAGUAGAAAUGCCAUCCAGUAGACUGUAGAGUUGAUUCAAUUACUAGGUACCAAAUCAACUUUUCUGGUCCAGAAGACGAGUAUGCUUAAGUUACAUCUAAGGUUAUUUUUCAUUUUAGCUCACUAGCUGUGGACUGCAGAAAUCUUUUUGCUUUAAAGCUAAAAUCUUUACCACAAGCUCUCCACAGAAGAGAGGGGUUAUUUUGCAACCAUGACACCCAAGAAUCCAGUCCAGGACCACCCAAAGAGAAUGAAAAAGGUGUCUGCUUUACUUGUUCACUCAAAAUGUGGAAACAUCGAGCAUCCAUACAAGGUGGAUAGUGUUUACACUUUUAUUCAAAGUUCUGCUAUUUAAGACGAGGACAUGGGAUAUGGAAGAUACUUAAAAUUCCCAAAUCCUCAGCCACCUCUGUACCCUGCUAUAUUCCUGAUGAUCCUGUGAUAUCCAGGACGGAAUUCAUUCAUAUUUUGUUGAACAACCUAUUACAGUAAUAUCAAUGGAUUUGCUAUAUCUGAA